AUGGAGUCGGAGCCGAAGACCGAGCGUGGAGAGGUCAUUCCCAUCGAUUCCGGUAUAGAUCAACCCACCACACCUGUGGUGGAUUUUACAACAAAUGAUCCCUCAAAUCCACUAAACUGGUCGAAAACAUACAAAUGGUCCAUCGUCGUACUGACUGCGUGCCUUUCCACGGUGGUACAAUUAUGUACCAUCAUAGCCGCGCCUGUUUCUCCAUCGAUAUUAACCCAUUUUCACUCCGAUAACUCCCUUUACCGCACCUUAAUCGUCUCCAUCUGGGAACUCGGCGAAAUCAUCGCUCCCUUAAUCUGGGGUCCACUCUCCGAACAAUAUGGCCGGCGAUGGGUUCUCCAUGUCGCAAACUUCCUCUUCGUUGCUUUUCUUGUCGGGACCUCCCUAAGCACCAAUAUCCAAAUGAUCAUCGCCUUCCGCUUUCUCAGUGGAGCCGCAACAGCGGCAUCGCCCAUCGGACCUGGCAUUGUUAAAGAUCUAUUCGCAGAAGAGCAGCGCGGUCGCGCAAUGUCUAUCAUGUCUCUGACGGGUGCGCUUGGACCCGUGAUUGGACCUAUUAUCGGAUCUUACUUGGGCCAGAGAGCUGGUUGGCGAUGGGCAUUCUGGUUACCGACCAUAGUAUCCGGUGCGCUUUCGUUGCUACUUUUUGCUUUCUAUAAGGAGACCUACAAGGUUACUAUUCUCAAACGGAAAGCUAGGGAGCUUGCGGAAAGCACAGGGAAUCCGCAAAUCCGCUCGAAAUAUGAGAUUGAGAAUGAGAAUGAGACGACUAGCCAACGCUUAUUCCGCACUGCUAUUCGUCCGCUUCGCUUACUCUUUAGAUUCCCUCUUCUUUCUCUGAUCACACUUUAUAUCAGUGUGGUAUAUGGUUUCACUUACCUCGUGAUGACGACUAUUGCCCCAGUCUUCCAGAAUUCCUAUGGAUUCUCGGAAGGUGCAUCAGGCCUGAGUUUCCUGGGUUUAUGUCUUGGACUUGUAUUGGGAGCUCUUCUGUGUAGUUGGACACUGGAUUACUACAUCAGCAUCAUCAAAAACCGGAAUGGUGGGCAAUCACCUGCACCAGAACAGCGCCUACCGCCCGUUUUUCUUGCUUGUAUCUUGAUGUGUGGGGGACAUAUACUAUUUGGAUGGACUGUGCACUAUCACAUCCAAUUUGUGGUACCUAUCAUCGGAACUGGAAUGAUCGGGUUUGCUCUCGCAGUCACAACAAUCUCGGUGCAAACCUACAUCAUUGAUUCAUUUGGGAUAUAUGCUACCAGUGCGAUCAGCGCGAUGCUCGUGCCUAGGAAUGCAACGGCGGCUUUCUUACCAUUGGUGGGUCCGCCGAUGUUUGCUUCCUUGGGAUAUGGCUGGGGAGGAACAUUGGUCGGACUCUUGGUACUGAUGUUCGCACCGAUGCCCCUCCUGCUAAUGCGAUUUCGCAAGAGGUUACAGGCAAAUAAUUCCCAUAGCGCUAUUAUGGAUUAG